GGCAUCAGGUCAUCUGGCUCGACAGCGGGCACCGAGUCAUCUGGCAAGGCAGUGGGCACCGAGUCACCAGGCGUGACAGCUGGCUCUGAGUCAACUGGCACGACAGCGGGCAUCAGGUCACCAGGUAUGACAGCGGGCACUGGGUCAUCAGGCAGCGGGCAUCGAGUCAUCAGGCACGACAGCGGGCAUCGGGUCACCAGGCAUGACAGUGGGCACUGGGUCAUCAGGCAUUGGAUCGUCUGGCAAGACUGCGGGCACCGAGUCAUCUGG